UCCCACUUCAUCUCUCUCUCUAUAUCUCUCUCUCUCACAGUCCAUCUUUUCUGCACUUCUUUCUUUUACUCUCUGUAUCACUCCUCACAAAUCGGUCUCCACAACAUCACACAAAUCUUUCCUUGUUCCCCACGUGGCAUUUUAUAAUGGCAGUGGCGAAAGCUUUUGCCUCCCUUAGUUUGAACAAUAUUCCUUGCACUCUUCCGCCAUCCUCUUCAUUGCUAGUAAUUCCCACUUCUUCAGUGAUCACUUCCUGCAAAAUUCCCUCUGCAGGCUCCUCAUUCCCUUUUGGAACAACAACAAGAGCUGUUUUCUUUCCCUCAUUUGCCCUCAAGAACAGGAUUCAUUGCGAAGCUCAUGUUGAUAGAGCUCAAAAUGAGGAGGAGGAAGAAGAAGAAGAAGAAGAAGAAGAGGUGGAGCCCAAUGAGACACUGUUGUACUCCUUCACUCCUUUGCCUUUGCUUUUUGUGGCUGCUCUUCCUGGAGCUGGAACUGUCAAGUCUCUGUUCGGACCUUUUGUUGAGCUUGUGAAAUCAUUUAAUCUUCCGGGCUGGCUUGUGCAUUGGGGUCACCCCGGAAACAUGGCUGUUGUUCUGUUUGCCAUGGGUGGUUAUGGAACUUAUCUUGGUUUCCGGAUACGAUUUUCAGAUAACGUGGAGGAGAAAGCCAAAGCCAAGGACUUGCACCCAAAACUUCUGGCAGGAAUGUUUUUCUUCUUUGCUCUUGGAGCUACCGGUGGAGUAACAUCUCUACUGACUUCUGAUAAGCCCAUCUUCGAGAGCCCUCAUGCUGUUACAGGUUCCAUCGGCCUUGCUCUCUUGACCGUACAAACCAUUUUGCCAACAUUGUUUGAGGGAAAUCCGGGGUUACGCAAUGUGCACGGGAUCUUGGGUAGCGGAAUAAUGACACUAUUUCUUGUCCACGCUGCUCUUGGACUUCAACUUGGCCUCAGUUACUAAUUUCUUUCUUCAUCUACAAAGCUGUUAAUGAAAAUUUUCUAUUUUGAUUGACCGUGUACUUUGUGGACAGUAGAGCAGCUAUUUAGCAUUGCAUCCGCUGGGAAAUAGGGAUUGGUGGACACUUUUAGUGAAAACCAGGGAGUACUGAGAUCAACUGGAACUUCAUGUUUUAUGGUAUUUUGCGAUAUGUUGUCGUUUGAUA